AUGCAUACAGUUAAAAAACAAUUCUCAGAAAUUAAUUUGUGUGGAUUACCAGAUUAUGAUUCAAUAUCAAAAUCUUAUUAUAGUGUUUAUACUAAUAGUUAAAAUGUUUUAAUUACAUUUAUUAAUAACUUGGAUAAAGCUCCUUAUUAUUAAUCUUUAGGUAUAAAUGAAUUUGAAAUUUAUGCUAAUGAAUGCAUGUCUGAAUGCGUUGGAUGCGAUAACGAAUAUUCUUGUAAUGAAUGUUAAGUAGGUUAGUAUUUAGAAGCAGGUAGGUGUUUCAAUUGUAUUGCAAACUGCGAAUAAUGUUCAAAAAGAAAUUCCUGUGAUUUGUGCAAAAUUGGAUAUCUUUAUAAUGAUCCUGAAUGUAUUUUGAUUUGUCCAAAUAAUAAAUUUAAAGAUUCUAUAACUAGAACUUGCAAUGAUUGUAAUUUUAAAUGCGCAACUUGUUCAAAUGCGACUGAUUGUGACACUUGCUUUGAGAACAGAGAACUACCUAAUUGUGGAUGUCUUGCUCAUAAUUACGAUAACUUGAAUUACUAAUAAGCUUGUUUUGCAUGUUCUAAUAUAUCUUUUGGAUGUUCUACUUGUGAUAAUAAUAUUUGCCAUGCAUGCUUACCGCCACGUUUUUUAGAUGAAAGUUCAUGUGUAACUGUUUGUCCUCCAGGUAAAUGGAAAAAUAUGACAAAUAGAUAAUGUAUACCUUGUUUAGCUAAAUGUUUAACUUGUUCUAAUGCAACCGAUUGUGACACUUGCUUUCAGAAUAGAGUACCACCUGAUUGUGGAUGUCUUGCUCAUAAUUACGAUAACUUAAAUUACUAAUAAGCUUGUUUUGCUUGUUCUAAUAUAUCUUUUGGAUGUUCUACUUGUGAUAAUAAUAUUUGCCAUGAAUGUUUACCGUUACGUUUUUUAGAUGAAAAUUCAUGUGUAAAUGAUUGUCCUCCAGGAAAAUGGAAAAAUACAAUAAAUAGAUAAUGUAUAGCUUGCUUAGCUAAAUGUGAAACUUGUUCUAAUGACAUUAGUUGUGAUACUUGCUUUUAAAAUAGAGUUCCUUAAUAAUGUGUUUGUCCUUAAUAUUCUUAUGAUCCUAAAGAUUUCAAUUAAGCCUGCACUAUGUGUUCUGCUUUUUCAAGUGGAUGUGCUACAUGCAGUGCUAAUGAAUGUCUUACGUGUCUAACUCCUUAUUAUUUUUAAUUAAAUUUAAAUAUAUAAUGUGAUUCAUGCUUAACUAUAAUGAAUAAAAUAUAGUUUAGCGAUGACUUAUUAUCUUUAAUUAUAGAUUUUG